UCAGCAGAUCUAUCCCCAUGGCUUCUGAAGCAGUGGCUGUGUUGCUGCUGGUCUUCUUGUCAGGAUCUACCUUUGGGAUAAAGCUGGAAGGAAAUGGAUACACAGACGUUCUGAUUGCUAUUAACCCAGUGGUACCUGAGAACCCACUGCUCAUCGAGAGAAUCAAGGAAAUGGUGAGCAAUGCGUCAUCCGUACUCUUUACAGCCACUGAAGACAAAUUCUACUUUGAAGAGAUAACAAUACUAGUGCCACCAAACUGGUCUCAAGGAGACUAUGGAAGAACAAAGACUGAAACCUAUGAAAAAGCCAAAAUAAUCAUUAAUGAGGAAAAUCGUGCAUAUGGAGAUCAACCUUACACCCUGCAGUAUGGUCAAUGUGGAUCUGAGAGCCGGUACAUUCAUUUGACCACUAAAUUCAUCUUAGAUGAUGAACUCAUUAAACUGUAUGGACCCAGAGGUAAAGUCCUUGUGCAUGAAUGGGCUCACCUGAGAUGGGGAGUUUAUGAUGAAUUUGAUGACGGUCAGCCAUUCUACAAGGGUGCACACAGUGAUAUUCAGGUUACAACAUUCUGCUCCAAUAAAACACACAACAGUGAGGCCCCUAAUGCACAGAACAGGAUGUGUGACAACAGAGAUGUGAUGGACGUUAUUUUCACAAGCUCAGUGGAUGCCAAAGCCAAUGUCCAGCCUCUGAAAGGACCACAUCCAGCACCUAGGUUCACUGUGAUGCAGAGGGGACAGAGAGUUGUCUGUCUGGUCCUUGAUGUUUCAGGAAGCAUGCGUGGCUCAAGAAUAUUGCAACAGCAACAAGCAGCAUCUCUGUUCCUGACAACUGUAGUAGAAGAUAAUUCAUAUGUUGGGAUUGUAACAUUCACAAAUGAUGCCACAACUUUGAAACCUUUAACUGUAAUCCAUGGUGAAGAAUCAAGAACGCAACUUGUAAGAUAUUUGCCAAGUGAAGCUAAUGGAGGCACUGACAUUUGUAAAGGACUUAAAAAAGGUUUUGAGGAGUUACGCAAAGACAAUGGCAAUACAAUGGGAGAUGAAAUCAUCCUUUUAACUGAUGGGGAAUCAGAAUUAAAUUGUGCAUCUGAGGUUAAAGAAAGUGGUGCCAUUGUAAAUACAAUUGCCUUUGGACCAAGUGCAAACAAGGAGUUGAAAAUUAUGUCAGAAAUAUCAGUAAAUUUCCCCUUUAAGGCAGAUGAGACAGUCACAUUUUUCUUGCAUACUCUUUUCAAGUCAUUGUCAAUUAUCUUCAUUCUGCUUGUUCUUUUUUAUGUUUCAGGUGGGAAAUAUUUCUAUGCAUCUGAUAAUCUGGAUACAACUGAACUUGUGAAUGUCUUUGCUUCACUUACCACAACCAACGGCGAUUUGACACAUCAGACAAUCUUGCUUGAUAGUUCUGGAAUGAAAGGAAAUGGAAUUCUCAACGGGACUGUGUCUGUUGAUCACACAAUCGGGAAUAAAACCACCUUUUUGGUGCUCCAUGAAAGUCAGUCCCCGGAGGAUAUUGAAAUAAAAAGCCCAUCUGGACAAAUCUACGAUUUUAUUGAUUUUCAACAUUCUGCUAUUUCCAAAACGCACUCCUUAGUUAUUCAAGGAACAGCUGAGACUGGAGAGUGGACAUAUACCAUAAAAAAUACACUGUCAGAUCAGUAUAUAACAAUAACAAUAACAAGUUGUGCUGUCAGUGACGCCAUACCUCCAGUCACGGUCAAGGCUCACAUGAGCCAACAGUCCAUUGAUGGCAGCAAACCCAUGUUGGUGUAUGCAGAGGUCAACCAGAAAGGUGUUCCAGUGAUUCUGGCAGAUGUGAUAGCCACACUGAAGUCUGAUUCUGGGGACCAAUAUCAGCUACAACUGCUGGAUAAUGGAGCAGGUGCUGAUGCUUUUAGAAAUGAUGGGAUCUAUUCCAGAUAUUUUAUCACUUCUAAAAAGGGAAGAUACAACUUGAAAGUGAAAGUGCAGAGAAAAGACAAAGGCAAAAAUAAUGGACAAGUUAGAUUGAAGAGACACAGUGUUGCCCCAUAUGUACCUGGUUAUGUCAUCAAAGGAAAAGUAGUGAUGAACCCCCCAAAGCCCCCAGUCAGUGAGGAUGACCUGCAGGCUGAUGUGGGCAGCUUCACCAGGACAGCCAUAGGAGAGAGCUUCUCAGUCAGUCUCCCACCUGGUGUCCCCCCUCCAAAUUUUCCCCCUAACAAAAUCACAGACCUGAAUGCAGAGAUAGAGGAGGACAAAUUGAUGCUCACAUGGACUGCACCUGGGGAAGACAUGGAUCAAGGCACGGCUGAUUCCUAUGAGAUCAGAGUCAGCAUGGACUUGGAAGCCCUGAGAGGAAAUUUCAGUGGAGCACAUCUAAUGAACACCUCCGACAUCCGACCACUAGAGGCAGGCUCUACAGAGGAAUACUCCUUCCUUUCCAGUUACAUCAUCAAUGCUGAACCCGAGACGGUCAUGUUCUUUGCUGUACGUUCUUGUGACAAGGAUUCUCUGAUGUCUGACAUGUCUAAUGUUGCUAAAGCCACAAAAAUUGUACCAUUUGUUCCAACUACAACUACGCCUACGAUAUCACAAUAUCCAAGUCCAAACCUAAAGCGGUCCUCUGGAUCAAAUGUAGUAGCAGUGGUUGUAUCAGUCAUUGGUACUGCUGCAGUCAUUAUUGCUGUGCUAGUUGUAACCAGGAUGCGACUCAACAGACCCGGGAACACUCCCAACUUCACAGAGACACAGGUCUCUACAAGCUUUCUGUAACAAUUAACAGCACGAAUACAUCCAUGGGCUUAUCAACACUAAAGAUAAUUGUAUAAUUAAUCUAACAUUCCUUUCUGAAAAACAAUGGCAACGCGAGCUAUUCUCUCUCUGAAUUUGAAAGCUAUUACCCUUUCCAAAGGCAAGACAGAAUUGUAUUUACUGAGAAGACAGAGCAAAAUGUGCCAUCCAUCAUGGUAAUCGCCCCAGUCAUUUACUGGCUAACAAACUACGCAGUAAUGACCAAUUAGUUGAUAUAGCAACUUCUGAAUCUGAAACAGAGGAAUUACUAUCAGAACCCAAAUGAAUCAAAUAUUCUCCUUCUUCUCCUUCUACUCCCCCUGAGGUCUAUUUCAAAUAUUGAAAUCAAUUAGGUUCACUUUUGCUCGAAAUAACUAACAUUUGGGAAAGGUGAAUGAAGCACAAAUGUCGGUUUAUAAUUGUAAAGUAAGGAUACCACU